UAUAUAUAUACACAUCUAUUUUUAUAAAAGUCGGAGCGGAUCGGAUAUCCGGUUCUAAAUUUUUUAGUAUCUGUGAUUUGCUUCGUUUUUAACGGAUAUUAACUUUUAAUAUUUGCUCUGCUUCGAUAACUUACGGAUAUCCAGAUUUUUCGGAUCGAAACGAAUAAUGAAUCGAAUCAAAUUUAACGGAUAAAAUUCUCAGUCCUACUUCGUAUCUCGAGACUCGAGUAUUUUGCUUCCCCACUGAGAUAUGCUAUAUUACUAACCAUAUUAUACGGUUCUCGCGUUAUACUUGGGAGAUUAUUGCAAUAGUAGAGACAUUUCUUUUUUGGUCAAGAUAGAGGGACAUUACUUUAUAGCAAAAUCCACCAAUUAUUGUAUGCAUGUGAGCACGAGGAAACAACGAAGGAAAUAUAUAUAUCAUAUUAUUUUUAACAACCAAAUUUUAAGGUCCUCGCGCAUAACGUUGGAGAUUAUUGUAAUGUAGGGAUGUUAUUUUGAAUAGCAAAGUCAAAUAAUCUACCGACUAUAAAAUAGAAGCCAGGCAUGUGUACAUAACACAAACACAAAAAUAUAAAGUCCAUCUACUGACGAUCGAGAGCUAAUUAAUAUACAUGGCGAUAUCCCACGUCAAGCCUUUGCUUCUUUCUCUCCUUGUGUCACUCUUUUUCUUGCCUUCUGCUUUGGGCGGAACCGAUUUCCAUAACUGCAAUCCCCUUCGUGAUUAUCCCGUUAAAGUCAAGACUGUCGAGAUAUCUCCAGACCCGGUUAAGAUUAGCACUAAUGGAAACAUUACGAUAACCGGUUCUACAAGCGUAGAUAUCCCUGAUGGAGCAACUGUAAAUCUCGACCUUAGGUUUCCCGAGCCUAUAUCUAAAAGAAGCUACUCUUUAUGUGAUAUAGUGGCGUGCCCUGUUGCAGCUGGGCCCAUUGUGCUUAAUUUUUUAAAUGUAUUCACUCAGCAAGAACUUAUACCAUGGGGAUAUUUUGUUUUAAUAAGCAUUACCGAGAAGCACCGGGAAGACCCAAUGAUGUGCGUCUCCUUCCGUUGUAUGAUUACACGUGAACAAACGUCUCUCCUUUAGGUAAGCUACCGAGUAAAAACUAUGUUCCAAGUCGUUUAUGAGUCUGAUGAUCAUGGUAAUCCUAAUUUUUGUAUCUUUCUUUUUACCUUUAUGUGUCUUGUAUGCAUGGUAAUCCUAAUGUUUGUAUCUUUCUUUUUACCUUUAUGUGUCGUCCAACAAAUAAAACAAGCUUUUAAUAAACACCCUCUAAACGAUUUGGAUUUGUCAAUGUUUUUAAUCUGGUUUUCAAGCACCUCAAAACUUUUAAAAGGUUAUAUAUUGUUUUUUACAAAAAUAUUGGAACCUAUGCUGACAUAUUAAAUGUAAGAUAGAUAUGGAGUACCUUUUGUACCGGUAAAUAAACUUGUGUGACUAUGAGAAUUGAGAAGAGGGCCUUUUGUUGGUAGGAUCAGUGUUCCAAAUUUAGCAGUCCGUACCAUUCACAUUGGUAGAGUCAUAAGCAAGAUCACUAACAGUUCGGGAGACACUUAAUAUAGCAAUCAUAUGAACUUAAUUUUCCAUGCACCGAGUCUCAAUAAUUACAAAUCCAUUACCUAGGGUAAAUAUAAUAUAUGACAUUACUUUAUAACAAAUUUUGUAAUCAACCAAUUAUUGCACGCAUGUAGAGUUACACUACUACAUACUUCUUUUUGUCAAUAAAAUCAGCCAUACAAUUUUAACCACCAUAUUUUAAGAUUUUCGCGGUAUAACGUGUGAGGUCGUUGUAAUACAUAUAUAUUAUUUUGAGUAGCAAAAUUUGAUAAUCUACCGACUAUAGAAUAGAAGACAUGCAUGUAUGAGAUAUAUAACAGUUACUGCAAGCACAAAAAUAUACAUGGCGAUAUCCCAAGCCCAGCCUUUGCUUCCUCCCCUCCUUGUAUCACUCCUUUUCUUACCUGCUGCUUUGGGAAUCAGAUUCCAAACCUGCAAAUGUAAGUACCAGUUAAUGUUAGUUUUCCUUCUUUUUUUGAUAACAAAAAGACAAACAAGGUUACUUGCUUUCUCAAAAAAAAGUUCCUUUGAUUCAUGAAGUUAAAGAAAUUAUCGUAGUGGUAUCAAUUUUUUUUUCCUAUUUUUUGGGUAGCCGGUCAUCACUAUCCGGUUGAUGUCAAUACUGUGGAGAUCGCUGCAUACUCGAUUAAGCCUAGCACUAAUGGAAACUUUACAAUUACCGGUUAGACUAUCAACAAUGAUUUGCUUUAUUCAACACCCUAUUUUUCUAUUUUUAACAUUUCACAUCAUCUUCUCUAUCUUCCACCUAUUAUUCAACAUCCAUUUCAUUUUUAUACUAUACAAUAGUUUUGUUUAAUAAAAUUCAACACUCUACUUUAUUAUUUUUUAAUUCAUACUUAUAUCAACUAUAAUUUAGUAGCUACAUAUUAAUAACUAUUUAAGGUAUUAACAGAUUAUAAUAAAUAUCUAUUUAGCAAAAAAAUAGUUUAAGAAUACCAAAACACUUGAUUAAAAAUAAAAGAGAAAAUUAUAAAGAAAAAGUGACGUUUUUACUAUAUAUCCAAAUUAAAUGAAAGUAAUCUCUAUUUAUAGACUAUAAAAAAUGCUGAAUUUUGCUAUAAUUUUUAUUUUUUAAAAAAUUAUGUUUUUAUAAAAUAAUUGAGUUCUAAGAAUAUUGUGAAAAUAGAAAAAUAUUAAAAUGUAAACAACCAAUGAGAGUAGAAUAUAUUGCACUGUGGGUGUUGACUCCACGUGUAUUUUUUUCUUAAUUCAACACCCCGUUACAUUGGUUUAAGCUGUUGAUAUUUAUUCACCAGGUCCAAUGUAUAAGUAAAUAAUUUACCAUUUGGUGUUCAAGUUAACUCUUCCAGUAUUGUUUUCUUGAUUAAAAAAUAUUGGUAUGAACAAGCACAGAAAUCCCUAAUGGAGCAACGGUAGAACUCCGUUUAACGAUACCCACCAUGAUUCCUGUCACUAAAAAAAACUACUCCCUCUGUGAUAUAGUGGCUUGCCCACCUGGCCCCAUUGUUUUUACUUUAUCUAACGUAUUCACUGAGGAAGAACUAUUAUUAUAUGUGAGUUUUUCUUUACAUAAACAACUAGUUUUAGACAAAUUCUGUAGUCGCUGAAUUUCAGAUCUCCAUUUUGUUGGGUUUUCUAAUGACCUAACGAGACUGUUUUUAUUUUAUUGAAAUACUUUAGAGGGGAUAUCAAGUUUUAAUAAGCAUCACCGCGGAUCACCAGAAAGAGCCAAUGAUGUGCGUGUGGUUCACUUGAGUGUUUGGUCAUACAUCUCUGCUUAGGCAAGCUACUGAGUCAAACUAUGAUCCAAGCCUUUUAAGAGUCUGCUCUACUCUUGUAUGCAAGAUUUCAAUUUAUCUAUGUUUUUAAUCUCAUUUUCAAGCAUCUUCAAAUACAAAAGACGUUAUUGUAAUUUCUAUAUUGGAACCAUUAACAUAGCAGUUGCCUAAAGUUAACUUCACACCGGUCUCCUGAAUUGUCUCUGAAGGUAUAACCAAAGCCUAACAGUGAUAUACUGAUAUUCAAAGAAUAGCAUAUAAAGAUAUAUGAGUUUCAUUCAGUUUACUCAAUCGAACACCUUACUUUGACGCACAUGAAAAAUAGAUUCUUUAAAUAUAAUAUAGGGACAUUACUUUCAAGCAACAUUUUAUAUAUCUACCAAUUAUUACAUGCAUGUGUAAGCACAAGAAAACAGCGAUGGAAAUAUAUAAAUAUACUAUAUUUUUUGUCAAAGAUAUAUACUACUUUUUAAUCAGCUUUUUUUAAUGGAACAACAUGCCUGCCGGGAGAAUACAACACACAAAGCAUGUUCAGUGUUCCAGAUCUCGCAGCCUGUCCCAUUCACAUUGGUCGAAGCAUAGGAGAGACAAUCAGGGACAGACGUAGGUUUGCGAGGAACAGGGUCUCGUGCCCCGGCUACAUUUUAAUUUUCUUUGAAUGAUUAGCUAAAUUUUUUGAUUCUAAGACAUAAUAAAGCUCAAAUUC